UCGCGCAAAUUAGUGGUUUAUUGUGGUGCAAAAUAGAAGCUUGAAACUACUCCAACUCUAUUGUGGUUAAAACAAAAGAAUAAACACUGCGACCAAGCAAAAAACUUCAAAAUCAAGUAAGACGACUAAAUAUAUAUAUAACAACACAUAUACGAAAACAAAAUAUUUAACGACCAAAAUUCAUAAAUUGACAACUAUCACAAGGAAACGAUCACUGACCAGUCUGACAACUGACAUUGAAAGAGACAUUAAACGUCAAACUAUUAGUCCGAAAUACGUCAUAGUGUUUCCAACAUAAAAGCUAAACUACCAAAUAGUAGAAAUCCAUAAUGGCCAGCCAAAAUACCGCGGUGAUCACAUUAGACCAACUGAGAGAAGAACUACAUAAACAGACCACUGAAAUAUCAAAAACAAUUGAUGAAAAAAUACAACCAUUGAUAAUAGAAAAUAAAGAAUUGAAGCAGGAGGUACAAUCAUUGAUGGUGAAGAUUCUUGAAAUGGAAAAACAAACUAGAAAAAACAAUAUAAUACUGCAUGGCGUUACUGAAAAGGAAGAGAACUAUACAGAGCUUCAAGAAUUAGUUGUGGAAACUCUUAACAAGCUGAGCGUAGAAACAGCCCUACAGGAAUGGGACAAGUGGGAGCUAAGCAGAGUACAGAGGCUGGGUAAAAAGAAGGAGUCAAAAAUUAGACCUAUCUUGAUAACAUUAACCCUCACAUGGAGAAGAACUGAAAUUCUUAAAAAUAAAAGUAAGUUCCCGAAAAACAUAUAUGUAACAGAAGACUUCCCAAAGGAUAUCUUGUUAAAACGUAAAGAGUUAAAAAUCAAAAUGAAAGAAGAAAUUGCCAAAGGAAAGAAAGCAUAUAUAUCUUACGAUAAACUUGUCGUAAACGAGACACAGAAAGACAAGCGGAAACGUUCAGAAUCAUGCUCACCAAAUGCUCCAUCUACCAGUAUUUCCCAUAAUCCUCAAAAAAAAUAAAUAAAGUCAUGGAUUAUUUUAACAAGAAACCAAAAUCAAUAUCAGAAAACAAGCAAUAGCAAUUAGUAAAAGAUCCCUACCAAAGUGCAAGAUUUCAAAAUAAAACAAACAUAAAAAUAAAUAAAAAAUACAAAAACCCCACUCCGGCUGGUCACCGUGGGGUGUGCGACCAACACCCUCUAAUUCUUCAACA